CUAGGUUAUCCUCUCUGAUUUUGUCUGCCAUGUGAGUUUUCUUCAACUUCUUUACUUUCUAUUCUUUGCUCUUCUAAUCCUCAACAGACAAGAUUUCCCCCUUGUUAAUUCUUUUGAUAGUCCAUCUCAUAUAUUAUUGGUAACAUAUUCUCACCACAAGUCCAUAGUUACUUUUAUAGAUGUGCUCUAAAUUAUUCAUAUCGGGAAGAUAAGUCACUAACUAGUUGUGGUCUUUGAAUGGAACUCCUGAGCACGAUAAAUCUCUUAGCACUUGUUCUUCUGCCCUUUGUUGUUCCCAAGAUAUGGGAAGCUUGUUGGAUCAUCGUUUUGCGGCCAUUGAUGCUAUCAAGAAAGUUCAAGAAACAAGGAAUCACAGGCCCAAAGUACAGAUUCUUGUACGGGAACCUCCAGGAGAUGAAGAAGAUGAAGAAAGAAGCUAAUCUUCGAGUUCUCGAUCCAAACAACAACAAUAUCUUCCCUCAUGUGUAUCCACAUUAUCACCAAUGGAUAUCUCAAUACGGAGAAACGUUUCUAUACUGGAAUGGAACAAAAGCGACAAUAUUCAUCUCAGAUCCUGAGCUAGGGAAACAGAUCUUGUCGAGCAAGUUUGGUUUCGCUGUAAUAGCAAAGACAAGACCCGAGGUCUUCAUAGUUUUCGGUAAAGGACUCCCUUUUAUAGAGGGUGAUGACUGGAUUCGCCAUAGACGAAUCUUGAACCCUGCUUACUCCAUGGACCGGCUCAAGGUCAUGACGAAACUGGUAGUGGGUUGUACCUUGAGGAUGUUGGAGGAGUGGAGAAAACAGAGGAAUGGUGAAGAAGAAGUUGUGAUGAAGAUGGAGAUUAAGAAAGAGUUCCAUAGAUUAACCGGCGAUUUUAUAGCGACCACUGCGUUUGGAAGCAGUUACGCGGAAGGAAUCGAAUUGUUUAGAGCACAGGCUGAGCUUGGGGAAUAUUAUGUUACUUCACUCACUAACGUCUUCAUCCCCGGAACACAAUACCUUCCAACGCCGACCAACCUUCAACUAAGGAAGCUCGAUAAGAAAGUGAGGGACUCAAUCAAAAGAAUUAUAGCUGCAAGGCUAAAAUCGAAUUCCAACAACUAUGGAGACGAUCUUCUUGGGAUCAUGUUGAAAGCUACAAGAUCUGAAGACGCUGAGAAAAAGAUGAGUAUGGAUGAGAUCAUAGAAGAAUGCAAGACUUUCUACAUCUCAGGGCAAGGAAAUAGUUCUCUUCUGUUGACAUGGACUACGAUGUUGCUGUGCUUGCACCAAGACUGGCAAGAGAAACUCAGAGAAGAGGUUUUCAUUGAAUGUGGUCAAGAUAAGAUCCCUGAUUCAGACACCAUCUCCAAACUCAAACUGAUGAACAUGGUGUUGAUGGAGUCGCUGCGUCUGUACGGACCCGUGAUUAAAAUGGUCAGAGAAGCAACACAAGAUAUGAAGAUAGGACACUUGGAGAUCCCCAAGGGCACGAGCAUAGUCGUCCCGUUUCUGAAGCUGCACACCGACAAGGCCAUAUGGGGAGAAGACGCCCAUCAAUUCAAUCCAUUGCGGUUCCAAAACGGCGUUUCUCAAGCAGCCAACAACCCAAACGCUCUACUUCCUUUCUCGAUCGGACCAAGAGCUUGCAUUGCCCAAAACUUAGUCAUGAUCCAGACCAAGACUGUGCUCACUUUGAUCCUUCAGCGGUUUAGGGUUAGCCUCUCACCCGAGUAUAAGCACACGCCGGUUGAUAACUUCAAUCUCUAUCCGCAAUACGGCCUACCCGUAAUGCUUCAGCCUCUCGAUACUAGUGCUCGACGGUGAGGAAGAGAACAAACUAAGAAAAUUCUCAACGGAUUUGGUCAAGUUAAUUAUAUGUUCUAUAAUUAGACUUCAUCAAAAAUAAUAAAAGUUAAGAUGAUAUAUACACUUACAUAAAACGGGUAAUUCAAAUUAUAUGAUUUUUCUUUAGAUAAACAAAGAACUAUGCUAGAAAAUUAUUUAGUUAAGUCUUCAUGGCUAUUGGAUGAGAAUAACGUGGUAUAAACGAUACUCGUGCCCUUCUAAAGCCACCGUAGUCAUGGUUGUUGCGUGUGUUAGAAGUG